AUGCCCAUCAAUCUUGACAACAUUUCAUUCUACUCGGCUCCAGCGCAAGCUGUGCGUCCAUCGGCAGCCAGAAGCACAACAAGACAGACUCUUGGUCUUUCCCUUUCGACGAUGGGAAGAACCGCGAUUCCUCCUUCAGACGACAUGAUCACACCCGAUCAGAACACGAGUCAUAAUGACAAGAACCUAAUCGUGUCCUCCCAAUCCCUUGGAGAGGCAAAUGUUGAGGGCAAAGUCAAUUCAAAAGAUCGGACGUAUCUACGGAUUGAACGCUGCCCAGCGUCAGGCGAUGUGGGCCACAUCCCAGCCAAGAAGCCUGUGGCAGUGGACUUCAAUACGCGCGAGAAUUCGCCUGAGACGGCGGCUUGGUCUGCCAACUGUCUACCAGUCUCGUUGUCUUCGUUGCCAUCCCGGGUAUUCGCUGCGGCGAUGUUCCCCUCGCACCCAGACCCAGGUUCCCAAGCUGCCAACAACACAGCCGACCCGGCUCUCCCUCACAAGUCGACUAAGAAUGCAUCGACUGUCAGCUCAGAGACCCCUGUCCCAGAAAGCACUCCGCCCUACACCGAGCAGCUGCCCCUAGUGAGUCAAGCAGCCGAUGAUGACUUUAUGACCUGGCUGCAAUAUCAACAAGUCGUGCCAUCCAGCAGCGCGGAAGUUGGAGAGGCCCCAAAAUCCCCGAGAAGGCCUGCCGAAGAGUCUGGCACGAUGCAAAGCCCAGCGUUGGCCGAAAGUGGACUGCCGUACUCUAGUUUGGCAUCCCUAGGCCAAGACACGCCAUGUCACGCCGAAAAUUACACACGCCAACCCCUCUUCGGACAAGAGACUCCCAAUCCGUGGCCAAACGCUGGUGGUGAAGAAAGCAGCCCCGGCUCAACCGACCGAAGCGAGCCGCUGAUCACAGAAACGGCGUUUCAUUCCAGCAACUGUUCACCUUCACCGGACGAAAUGCACAUGGAUGCUGAGACGAAAGCAUCAGAUGCUCCUCCUGUACACUUAUCUCGAGUCCAUCGCCGAGGUCGCAAAUCACGACUACCAGCAGGCGCUUAUGCUGAAGUCGAUUCGGACCCGGAAUCUAGCGAUGAGGAUGGCGCUCAUGGAACCAAUGACGACUGCAUCGGAGAUCAAGCCAACCCUGACAGAAUUCAGCAAGGGCUCCAGGGCUGUGAGGACAAUUCUGACCAACGCGUUAGCAUUAGAGCCAAGACGAAGGUCAGAGCGGGCUACAAAUCGACCAAGGACAAGUGGAAUUCUGACGCCGCCGGUCUCUCCUGCUUCUACCGAUAA